CCAGGCUCACUCUUAUCUACAACUUCAACGCAAGAGCGACUACCAAAUUGAUGUAAUAGGGGAGAAUCCCAACUUGUGCAGACUUGGUUGUGAAGACAGCCUUUCCCAAGAAGAAGAGUAAUUAAAGCUGAAACUGCCAACGUCUUCUGUAAUAGCAAGAGAUGGUAGCGUGCUGCUGAGUACUCUACGGGCGACCUAUCACAUUACAACAGGCAGGGGGAGGGGAGAGGGAGGAGAGGGAGGAGAGGGAGGAGACUCGAUCUGGCUGCCUUGGCAACUGCCGGAACUCGACUGUGGUAGUCAGUUUAUCUAUCUGAUAAGGUCGAUUUGACGGUUGCUGGAAGUUUCUUGGGGCGCCGAGGAGAGGGGAGGGUGAGGGGGAGGGGGAGGGGGCGGGGGGGGGGGGGUUGCGAGGGGGUAGGGUCUUCGUCACUGACAUCUGUGGAUGGGUGGCUGUGGGAGUAGCUGUUAUUUGAAGAGAUCAGGGGAUGUAUAUGGUCGCAUUGCUGACAGGAACUGGCGGAAAGUACGAAGGAGUCUUGAUGCGCGGGUCUUGCAUGUGGCUGAUCGGGACAUGGCCAUUGUACACUAUUGUUAUGGAGAUUCCUUUGGCUAGCAAGUGAUUGGCUGCUUGCAUGCGUGUGUGUGAUUCACAAUUUGCCUCAGACGGUCGUGUGGCUGGCAGCAACAAACUGGUUUCUGGGCUGUGGGAAGGAGCGUCGUUGAAUUUUGGUUGACUUUGACUGUUGAGUCUUGACCAAUGCAGUUACGCUUUUGGUCAGUCCAGUUACGGAUUCCUUGUAUAGGUCUUAGAGUCUUUGACAUUUGUGUCUGUGUAGGUCUGCUCUGUGGGUGUAUAGCUGUCGCUGAAGAAGACCUGUGGAAGGAUUAGGGUUGGGAUAUCAGGUCUGGAGGCUCGUUUGUUCAGGAAAAGCCCGCGACUGUAAAUAGCAGUGUCCAAAGUAUGUGUAUGCCUGUUUCCCUUGGUGUUCGUUUGCUGUACUCGAUAAGUGGUUAAUCUUAGUUCCAGCCUUGCUGUUCUAGACUGAAGUCCUACUCCUCUUGUAUACUGGAUAGCUCGAGAAGCUGCACUGUGCAUUUGCAGUGCACGUAAGAGAACAUCCGUUGUGUAAUUUAUCGCUUUCCUAACGAUGAUGAGCUCUGUCAGAGAGGAAACCGCUCCGCCCUCAUUGGUGAUGCGGGCGCCGGAAGAAACAAUGGAUGCUUUGGAAAGCGGGAGCCAGUGCCGUGAGCAGCAGGUAGCCUCUGCGGAGUCUGAGCCGAGAACGUCUUCCUCGUCAACCUUUGGCUGGGACAAGGAGAUGAUCGUUCUCACAUUCAUCGUCUCCAUCGUAGCUCUUGCUGUUGCCGGCCUGGUGUUCUUUCACGGAGAUAUCCGGAUUGCGAUUACCGGGCUGUGGGACCCAGUUCUGCAGUCCUCUGGCUCGCAGAUUCUCAUGAUGCCUUCGCCCUCGCCUCUGCAGGAGGAGGGCCAAGCGUUUGGUUCUGAGCUGGCCAGACCUAUGCGCACAUGGCACCUGACGGAAGAGGAUGCGCGGUUCGUGGUGGUUUCUGAGCAGCCGUUGUUGCCUCCGUCGCCUGCCGGCGAGCAGCUGCCAUUCGUCGUGCUGCACGGUAUUGGGGACCAGUGUUCCAAUCCUGGGUUAACGAAGUUUGUGGAGACCUUGAAUAGUCAAGUCCCAGGUGCCAAUGGACUGUGUUUGACCAUAGGCAAUGGAGCGGCGGACUCGUGGACGAUGCCGUUGAAAAAGCAGGUGGAUCUUGUGUGCGAGUCCAUCAAGCAGCAUCCUCAACUGAAAAACGGUUUCAAUAUCGUGGGCCUCUCGCAAGGAAACCUUAUUGGGCGCGGAUACGUGGAAUGGUGUGCAGACGGGCCGCCUGUCAACAACUUCAUCUCCAUUGGCGGGCCCCAUGCGGGGACGGCGGCGGUCCCGCUGUGUACCAACAUGUACUUUUGUCGUUUUGUGGACCUCUUGCUUCGCCUUGGAAUAUACUCGCGAUUGGUACAGGAUCAUCUCGCUCCGACAGGCUACGUGAAGAUCCCGAAUGACUUGCCUGCCUACCUGCGGGGGUGCAAGUUCCUGCCCUUUUUGAACAACGAGCACGAGGGCGCAAGAAAUGCGUCGUACGCACGCCAAAUGGCAUCCCUCAACCGAAUGGUCUUAAUCAUGUUCGAACAGGACCGAGUGAUCAUUCCCAAAGAAACGGCCUGGUUUGGAUGGUAUCUUCCGGAAGACGGGAUGGAAAAUGUUGUGCCCGCAAAUGAGACUCGGCUGUACAAGGAGGACUGGAUCGGUCUACGGGAGUUAGACGAGGCCGGCCGAGUGGUCUUCGCAGCAGUCCCUGGCGAUCACCUGGAGAUCUCAGAAGCAGAUAUUCAGAAUCACGUCGUGCCGCACUUGAUGAUGGAUUCAUGAUCUUGUAACCGCUGGAGACCUUUGCCUUCCCCCUUCGCUUCCAUGGGGCCCAUCCCAUGUUGAAGACCCUGAGCAUCCAUCCAUUAUUUCGUUGAAUCUGCUAGCUGGUUGGUCACGGGUGCUUAUAUCGAAGUGGAAUUGCAUGCCAUGUUGCUCUGCUGAGCUAUGUGAAGGGCAUUUGCUUGCCGCCAAACACGCCAGUUAUCGUCUGAUUGGGAUUAGACUCUGAAGUCUGGGUUGUUGUUGAUGGAGAGAUUAGAAGACAGGAAUGGAAGCAAAAAGUGAAGUGAAAUAUGUCCAGGGCGUAGAUUGCCUGUGCCCCGGGGGAUAUGGACUUCAUUGGGUGAUAUCCACUACUUGUCCUCUUUUUCUUUUUUUUUUUACAAUGUCCAGGGCCUAGAUUGCCUGUUCCCGUGGGAUAUGGACUUCAUUGGGUGAUAUCCACUAUUUGUCCUUUUUUUUCUUUUCCUUUUUUUCUUUUUUAACACGUCCAGGGCGUAGAUUGCCUGUGCCCGGGGAAUAUGGACUUCAUUGGAAGAUAUCCACUUCUUGUCCUUUUUUUUUUUUUUUUUUUUUUUUUUUUGGUUAUAAAGCCCCUUCUGCAAAACCUUUAUCCUGGUGGCGGUAGGAGAGCCACGGGGAUUGAGGCUUUGUCUAUCGGGGUGCUCCACCGAUUGGUGGGGAGCAACACCUCCAGGAAAUGGGGUCCAUUGUCUUUGUUAUUUCCCGCCCUUGAAGGUUUAGGGUUUUGCGGGAGUGUGUUUUCAUCUUUAAAAGCUGGAAAUAAUGAUCGGCGGCCUUAGUCGGAACGCAUGCAUGGGGGGAUGAGGUAAGCGGCAGUGACUUGGUAUUUACGACGUUUCCCUUUCGCCAGGUUUCCCUACGGAGAUAAAAAAAGUGCCGCACA